AUGCCGUCGUCCAAAUCCAUUAAUAUCGAGGUACGAUUUUUUUGUCAACAUGAAAUAUGUUUAAAAAGAUGCGAAGAUUUUUUUGAAAUGAAAAAAAUUCUACAAAGCCCGGACCGGCCCGAGCCCGGCCCGUCGGGUCCGUUUAGCCAGAAAUGUUAUUUAAAAAAAUAUCAGCAGUUCGACGAGCUUUCUGUCCAUUGCCGAGUUUGAAACUGUUCGCGAAGCCAUUUUUAUCACUCGAAAACGUCUCCUCGCGCUUCUUUCAUCGAAAAUUCCGAAAAAAUCGUGGAAAAUUCGCACACAUUUUUUGUGACGGGCCGAGCGGGCCAGACCGGCCAUAUGCGUUUUGGGGGCCGGGCCUUAGCACGCUGCCAGAUUCGUUUCCAAUGUCGAAUCUUCUUUUUCAACAGUAUUUGAAUUCAGAUUCCGAGCGAUGACGACUUCCCACGCUGCUUCAGCACCUUUGAAAUAAAUUUCCGACAGAAGCAAUACCGCGUAUGUCCAUUCCAGACGGUGGAAGAAUAACUAUCUGGUGUUUUACAGUUCAACAGCGGCAACGCACUGUUGCUCAUUUUCUCGUGGGCUACGGCCACGGGACUGUGCUAUUCAGUGUUUGCCGACCAGAAAAUGGGAUUUCCACGGAUUCUCAAGAUCAUUGCCGGAUAUAGUUCUGUCGCAUUGGCCGCGGUGGGAGGAUUCAUCGCAUGUGCAACUUGGAUAGUUCAGGUACUUUCAUAUGCUUGUAGCGUACUUGUUCGGCAUGCCGCGUCAUUAAAAAAAGUUAUUUGUUUACCAAUCUGUAAAUUGUUGUAAAAAAUCAUGGUAGUACACUAUUUUUCCCUUUUGUGAGUUGUCGCGCGGUGUGUUGUCGACAGUAAUCGCCGAGCCACGUCCCCUCUGCCUCUUAAAAUUGCCGAUUCGACUGACAAAUCGAUGUUUGUGCUGAUUUCGCUGAUUUUCUAACCGAUUUCGACAAAUUCUAUCAAUUAUGAGUUUUUGUAAAUGCUUUUUUCCGGAAUCGCAUGGAAAUUCAGCCGAAUUUACACAAAUCGUUUUCAGCCGAAUUUGCACAAAUCGUUUUCAGCCAAAUCGGGAAUUUUCAGAGUCAGAGGGGCGUGGCUUGGCGGUUCCUGUCGACAAUCCCUUUCGGAACUUUAUUAUAUGGUUUUUGCUUGCAGGACGGCACGGUGGGGAUAUUUUCGUCUCAGUGGGCGAUGGGACUAUUAUGCCUCCAAAAAACAUGGCGUGAUCCAGGUAUCUUCGUUUUAAAAAAAAGGUCGAAACUCUUUCAUUUUCAGGUGAUGUGGAAGUGGACAGUGUCCUCCGUGACGUCGUCGCUCCGGGCUCUUUUACGCAGCCGGCGGAUCAUCAGAAGGUGUUCAAGGACGAGUGCGCCUACUGUUUCAAGACACCCUUCUGGGCAGGUGUGUACUUGAAACAUUUUGGAAUCUUUUUUUUUAAAUUGGUGGCAAAAUUGAUUUUUUGCGGGUUUUACAAGAAAAGAAAAGUUCUUUGCAUUCAAUUUAAUUUACCCUCUUUACAAUUUCAGGCGGCCUGUUUGUGAGCCUCAAGAGCUAUCACUCGUUCUGCCGCGAACACGCCGAAUACUAUGCGAAUCUCACCGGCGACAAGCUUUUCGUUCAGAUGGAGUCCACAAAAGUGCGCAAAAAUUUCAUGACAUUGCUAAAAAAACUCCAAAUAAAUUGCAGAAACUGGAAGAAGAGAAUCAGGGACAAGAGGACCGUGCGGCGGACGGAGAGCCGACGUCGAAAAUGACGAAGUUGACGAUUGAGGCGGAGCCAAAGUACACGUACGAGGACAAGUACCGCGUCGUCGUGCAUCCCAACUACGAGGCGCCCAUUUCGAAGGAGCAGGCCAAGAAGCAUGGCGGCAAGAAGCUCUUCAAGUGGGUUUCGACCAGAAAUUGCUUUUCGACAUUUUGAGCCAAAACUCGGGUUUUUUGCAAUUUUUCUAAUUUUCCUCAAUUUCAGAGCGAUUCGAGUGGUGGAAGAGUCGACGAGUGCGGAGCGACUGCUCAUGUUGACGCAAAGGGACAAUGGCUGGGACGAGGACGUGAAACUGACCACAAACAACAUUUACCAGAAGUGGGAGCGGGCCAAGUGCUGCGAGGACGGAGUCGCACUCGAAUCGGCCUACGGGCCAGGCAACACGGGACUCGUCAACAUUGGAUCCACUUGCUAUCUGAACUCGGUACGUCGAACAGACACCAGAGAGAUUUUUGUAGAUUUUUGUAGAUUUUUAUUGGAAAAAAACUGAUCUGACAUGCUUUUGAACGAUUUUGAACAAUCCCCGUUCAGGUGCUGCAAGUGCUCUACCGAAUCGAUUCGUUCCGUGCUCGUUUCGCCGAAAACGCGACGGAAAUCUUCUCGAAAACGCCGAUCGAUCGUCUGCGCACUGAUUUCAACGCGCAAUUCGCGAAGGUGUUCAGCGCGAUGCUCAGCGGAAAUUACGCGUCGGAGGAGGACAAGGAGCACAACGGAAUACGCCCGCGCCAGUUCAAACGGACCGCCGCCGGAAAUCAUCCCGAGUUUUCGACGGCCAAGCAGCAGGACACUGACGAGUACAUUCGGUACGUUUUGGGCCCGAAUGGACUGGUGAAACCGCUGAAAUUCAUGCGGUUUUGCGGUCUUCUCUGAAAAUUCGAUCAAAACUAAAAAAAUCCAUUUACUUUUGCAGUCAUAUCAUUCAAAAAGUGAGCACGAACAACCGGGACGACGAUCCGACCGAUGCGCUCAAGUAA